AUGAGCUCUGUAACACUUCAUGCACGGUAUUUGGCGCGUUUGGGACUACUGAGACCUUUGACGGGCACCAGGCCGGCUCUGGUACGGCAAUUUCAGAGCAAACGAGGCCCAGCUCCUCCAGAGCUACCCAAGGAGGAACAGGAGGAGUUCGAAAGGCUUCAGCGCAUCGCACAGUCACAAGAAGCGAUAAAUGAAUACAACCGCCAGGUGGAGCAGGAUAACACGAAGGAAAGCGCAAAAUCACCUUUUUUGAAGGCAGAUAUCGGAGGGUUUUCACCAGAGUUCUCGAAAACCAUUCCCGAAUUUGAGGGCGACGUUAAUCCGAAGACAGGAGAGCGCGGUGGACCUAAACAGGAUCCUCUCAGGCACGGGGACUAUUCUUUCAAUGGAAGAGUCACCGAUUUUUGA